AUGAAUAUGGAGGCCGUAGUUGGCUGAGAAGAACAUUACUAGCAAAAAGAGUGAGUGCAGAGAGAAAAAACAAUUAAAGCGACGGCUACAGCAAUACUGCAUUUUUGAAACCUAUCCUUUGGAAUACAUUACACAUAUUUUUUGUUAAAGCAGCAGCAUUACGUUCUCCCCAAGUGGGACGCCAGGACGAUUAUGUCCCUGUUCCAGUCGGCACUUGAUUUCCUGGCGGGGCCCGGCUCUGUUGGAGCCGCCAGUCGGGACCAGAAUGAUUUUGUUGGGCAGACUGUAGAGCUGGGCGACACGAAGCUUCGGAUCAAGCGGGUGAUCGCAGAAGGUGGAUUUGCCUUUGUGUAUGAAGCCCAGGAUAUUGGAAGUAGUAAAGAAUAUGCUCUUAAGCGGUUGCUUUCAAACGAUGAGGAGAAGAGCAAGGCGAUUAUCCAAGAGGUCUGUUUCAUGAAAAAGCUUUCGGGCCACCCUAAUAUUGUUCAGUUCUGCUCAGCAGCAUCAAUAGGAAAAGAAGAAUCUGACACGGGACAGGCAGAAUUCCUCAUUCUCACUGAACUCUGUAAAGGUCAGUUAGUCGACUUUAUCAAGAAAGUGGAGUUGAAAGGCCCUAUGUCAUGUGAUACAGUGUUAAAGGUCUUUUACCAGAGCUGUCGAGCGGUACAGCACAUGCAUAAACAGAAACCACCUAUUAUUCACAGAGACCUCAAGAUCGAGAAUCUGCUGAUCAGUCACCAGGGCACAAUCAAACUGUGUGAUUUCGGCAGCUCAACAACCAUAGCUCACUAUCCAGAUUACAGUUGGUCUGUACAGAAGAGAUCAAUGGUGGAAGAUGAGAUCACCAGAAACACUACACCAGCAUACAGGACACCGGAAAUGAUAGAUCUGUACUCUAGCUAUCCUAUUAAUGAAAUGCAAGAUAUCUGGGCCCUGGGCUGUAUUUUAUACCUUCUGUGCUUCAAGCAGCAUCCAUUUGAAGAAGGAGCUAAACUACAAAUAGUGAAUGGGAAGUAUUCAAUUCCACAGAACGACACCAGAUAUACAGUCUUUCAUGAUCUUAUACGUUCCAUGUUAAAGGUUAAUCCUGAGGAGAGACUGUCAAUCACAGAACUCGUGAAUCAGCUGCAGGAGAUCUCAGCUGCCCGCAACGUGAACCCCAAGUCACCCAUCACAGAGCUCCUGGAACAGAACGGUGGCUAUGGGAACAAUGCGACUGCCAGGGCAUCCAUAAGUACACCUCCUCAAGUGUCCAAGCCAGAAGCUCAGCUCAACAACAUGCACAAUUCAGGAAUUGUUGCGGCUGACAGCGGUUUCUUUGACAUCCUUAAAGGAGGUACAGAGAGACUUCUGACCAACAUCAAGGAUACCUCCUCCAAAGUCAUUCAGUCAGUGGCCAACAACCCCAGGUCAUCCUUGGUCACAAUGGGCAAGACGCGUAGAAGCUAUGCAAAGGGAGAUUUGGACCUAUCGUAUAUCACUUCAAGAAUAGCAGUGAUGUCGUUUCCAGCAGAGGGGGUGGAAUCUGCAAUUAAAAACAACAUUGAGAAUGUGAGGCUGUUCCUGGACUCGCGCCAUGCAGGCCAUUAUGCUGUUUACAACCUGUCUCAACGAACCUACAGGCCUUCAAGGUUUCACAACAGGGUUUCACAAUGUGGCUGGCAAGCAAGACGGGCACCCAACCUAAAAAAUCUGUACAGCAUCUGCAAGAACAUGCACCUGUGGCUCAAGCAAGACCAGAAGAACAUCUGUGUUGUUCAUUGCCUUGAUGGCAGGGCUGCCUCUGCAGUGGCUGUCUGUUCAUUCCUCUGUUUCUGCCGCCUCUUCACCACUGCAGAAGCCGCAGUCUACAUGUUCAGCAUGAAGCGCUGUCCCCCAGGCAUCUGGCCUUCUCACAAAAGGUAUAUAGAAUACAUGUGUGACAUGAUGGCAGACGAACCUAUCAUCCCUCACAGCAAACCCAUACUAAUCCAGUCCAUCGCCAUGACACCAGUGCCCCUGUUUAACAAACAGCGCAGUGGCUGCAGGCCUUUCUGCGAGGUGUAUGUCGGAGAUGACCGAGUGGCAACUACCUCCCAAGAAUAUGACAAAAUGAGGGAUUUUAAAAUGGAAAAUGGGAAGGCUGAGAUUCCCCUGGGGAUCACCGUUCAAGGGGAUGUCCUUAUUGUAAUUUAUCAUGCCAGAUCAACCUUGGGAGGGAGACUACAAGCUAAGAUGGCUUCAAUGAAGAUGUUCCAGAUCCAGUUCCACACAGGCUUUGUGCCCAGAAAUGCCACUACUGUCAAAUUUGCAAAAUACGAUCUGGAUGCCUGUGAUAUCCAGGAGAAAUACCCAGACCUGUUCCAAGUCAACCUGGAAGUGGAGGUGGAGCCCAGAGACCUGCCCAGUACAAAGACUUCCCCCUGGGAGAGUUUUCCCACCAAGGGACUCAACCCCAAGAUCCUCUUCUCCAGUCGGGAGGAGCAACAAGAAAUUCUGACCAAAUUCGGUAAACCUGAACUCCCCAGACAGCCCGGCUCCACAGCUUUUUACGAUGCAGGCACACCACCCUCUGAGCAACCCCAGGACGGUUCAAAUACAGAGCCAGAGUCUCCACAAAGCACUGACACUAAUGCAAAUCAUUUCUUCCAGACAUUGGAUUGGGAUGAGGAAAGAGGGACUGACGAUGUUCCUGAUGGGCGAAAGAGACCUCCAGGCUUGAUGGAGGACCUGGAUGACUUCAGCGAACCUUCUGGUGACGAAUUUGCCUCCGUUGACAAAAGGAACACUGCUGCACCCCAGGAGAACAUAGAGCCUGUCUUUGAGGCUGAUUCCACCCAGCUUCCCCAGGAGCCCCCUCCGGAGGACAGCGUGGAUCUGCUGGGGCUGAAAGAUGACCAGCCCAAGGCAGACCCCACUCCUACCCCUGCUGCAGCAGGAAUGAAGACCUCCUCCAGCAAUGCCGACCUUCUCAAUGACCUCUUUGCUUCCGUCGGCAGUGCCACGCCCCCAACUCUGCAAGACAGUACAGAGGACCUGAUUGGAGGAGGAGGAACAGAAGAUGAUUUCUUCUUCAGUACACCACCAGCCAGCACACAGGGACCUCCACCAGGAACCACUGCGCCACCAGCGUCCUUGAGUGGUGGAGAUCCCUUUGACCCAUUUGGAAUCAGCUCCUCAGCUUCUGUAUCUGAGUCGUCAGUCUCCACAGCCCAGCAGUCUGGAACGGAUCUCUUUGGAGAUUUCCUGAGUCCUGAUGGCGCCUCCAGCUCCUUCAUGUCCUCCAACCACACCCCUCCCCCAUCUUCCAGCUCCGAUUUCUUCAAACUCAGUAAUUUGUCUUCAGAUUCAUCUAGGUUGGCCUCUUCUGCCAGUCAGCCUGACCUGCUUGCUGGCUGGGAUGCAUGGGCUUCAACUCCUAACAGUAGCAACACCGUUCCACCUCAGAUCAACAAGCCUGCAUUUGCAACCACCUCCUUUAGUGCAAGUGCUACUGCUUCCGGUGUGACCUCCAGCUCUUCAUACACUCAGUCCAAGUCACAGAGCUUCGACCCAUUUUCUCACCUCGGGAACCUUGGUGCCACUUUGCCAGGUUCUUCUAGUGGUGGAUUUCCAGCACCUGGUUUCAGUCAGAAGCCUGCCCAGGGGCCCAUGGGUGGCAGUCAGUGGCAGUCAAACAGGCCCCACAGUACAAGCAUGCCUUGGCAGCAACAGAACCCAUCAAUUCCACAGCAACCCAAACCAGCACCAGCACCACAGGCCAAGCCCAACUACAAUCUUAACUUCAGUGUGAUUGGGGGGCGAGAGGAGAGGGGCAUUCGAGGACCUGGGUUUGGGCGAAAAACUAAAGUAAAGGAGAAUGAUUUUGAAGACCUGCUGUCCAAACAGGGCUUCACUUCGACACAGGAACGAAAGGGACCGAGGACCAUUGCUGAGAUGAGGAAGCAGGAGCUUUCCAGAGACAUGGACCCCCUCAAACUUCAGAUCCUGGAUUGGAUUGAAGGAAAGGAGAGGAACAUUCGAGCCCUCUUGUCCACUCUGCAAACAGUGCUGUGGGAAGGAGAGAACAAGUGGAAACCAGUUGGAAUGGCUGAGUUGCUGACCCCAGAUCAAGUGAAGAAGUAUUACAGAAAGGCAGUGUUGAUAGUCCAUCCAGACAAGGCUACUGGACAGCCUUAUGAACAGUAUGCCAAAAUGAUCUUCAUGGAGUUGAAUGACGCUUGGUCGGAGUUUGAAAACCAUGGCUCAAAAGCACUGUUUUAAGGAUCAAAAAAUAAAUAAAAAUGGAUUCCGGAUGGUUCAGUGGAAUCUUCGUUUGUCUCAAGAGUCCCUGUUGGCAACUGCUAGAAAAAUUAUUGGUAUUAUUUUCAUUCAAAAAGUUUUAUGUUCAUAAGAUAAUCACUGUAUACAACAACAAAGAUCACCUAAUCAUUUGGCUAGCCACCUAAAUGUUCCUUCUAGAAAUCGUGCUACAUAUAGUUUUAAUGAAAUUGCGGUAUUUAAGACUGGCAGAGGUAUCACACUUGCAUUUUGUUACGUUUGUGUUGGAUAAGUCAUCAUAAAAUGUUGAGAUUAUUUGGAUGUAAAAGGACUUUUUACCAAACCUUAAAAAAAAAAAAAAAAAAGUUCUGUGAACUGUUUUCAUAUCAGAAAUGAAUUAGUAAUGCGCUGUGCUUGUGCAUCACUGUUGAUUAGAAAAAGAAGAUUGUAAAAUAUUCUGUAACCAGAUUAUAUUUGGCAUUGUGAAGGUGUGUGUGUGUGUGCGUGUGCGUUCUUUCUCUUUUUUUUUCUCUUUCUCCAACUGAUCACCACUGAUAAUGUAAAUAAUACACUCAAAGUUUCUAAGCGAAUCAGACAGCAGCAGCAGUCAAUGGUGAUGAUGGAAUUAUGACACCUUUUACUUGUUUUUCUGGGAACAUAUCAUGCCUUCUCUGUUUUAAGGCAUGCAGUUAGAUUUACAUUCACAUUAAUUUAUACUUGCUAUGAAUGUGGCAGGGAGUCGUAGAUAGAGUAGGAUCAUCCUUUUCAAUUUAGAAAAACUAUUGGUGUCCUUUAAUGACCUUUAUUUUACUCCUAUUAUGUUUUUUUUGUUUUGUUUUUUUUCCUCCAACUAGUGGACCAAUCAGACUUGUUUUUUUAUGUAUUGUGCAGAUAUUUUUUGGAGACGGGUGUAUUCAAAUGAAUGUCUGUAUGUAAAAAAGCACACCCCAGUACCAUUUUAAGAACAUCAAUCAUUCCAUGGCAACAGUCUGUUGCUGUUGCUAGACAUAUGUCUUCUUUGCAGCUAUACAGCUGUGGUCAAGGUCAAGAUUGAUAGUCUAGAAACUGCAUACAGUUUUUGGUCAGGCUUUUCCAUUUUGAAAAUGUACCAGCUUGGUAUUUAACCACUUCCAAUAAUAUCACACAUGACACAUUUUUUUUAUUAUUUUUUGCAAAGGGUGUCAUUUGUCGCAAAUAAGGACUUAAAAUCUUGGGACUAAUUUGCUUGUUUCUAUAGUCUUGUUUAGAGACAACUAAGUUAUAAUCUUACCAAAAAUGACUAUGAAUGCCAGUUUAAGGAAAUAAAUAAACAGUAAAUGUGUAAAAACCUUGAA